AGCAGGCUCUAUGCCAUCAGCACGGAGCCCGACACAGGGCUCGGGCCCAUGACUCUGGGUUCGCGACCUGAGCCGAAAUCAAGAGUCAGACCCUCAAGCCCCGAGGGAACGAACAUUUGCAACUGACGUCCUUACCUGUCCUUACCACCCCACGGCCAGGCACUGCGUCCCCUCCACAGAAAUGAAUCUGAGGCUCGGGACACUGUGGGAUCUGCCCCAGCGAGAAAAGGGCAAAAUGCGAAUUUGAACUCCAAACCUAGCAUAGGCUCCGUUGCUGGGGAUGGGUUCCUCCCUCUGCUGGCCCUGACUUCAGGGCAGUCUAGAAAGUGCUGCGUUUGUGGUUCGCUCAAACCCACAACGGGGCGUGAAGGCUGUCACUUGAGCUGUGUCACACUGGCCACUGAGAGCAAAGGCAAGGAUACUGCCCCACCGGGUGGCCCUAGGGGGCACAGUGGUCUCCUCUGAGGACUCCUUGAGGGCAGGACCCUGCCUCGCCUCCCUCGAAUGUCUGAGCGCAAGGCCCAACCCAUAGCAGGGAUUUAGCAAAGUUUUUGUCGCGCUAGAAAAUGAAUGAGUUCUUAGUUCCUAGAAUGAAUGAGUUCUUGUCCCAGAAACACCCCAACCUUGGCAGAAUUUGGGGCCCUGGAAUGGAGAAAUCUCUAGGCUCUGUGGCCUUACCAGCAGGAAAAUCUUCUUCCAGAGGUCUGGGCAAAUAACGAAGUUAAUUGUUUACAUUUGGUGAGGCCUUUAUAAUUAACUAACCCCCCCUUCACCGAGUUAUGACCUGGGCCCUUGCAAUCCUUCCUCGCAGGGGUAGGUGUUUCCAUUCCCAUUUUUUAGAUGGGGAAACUGAGGUGCAGAGGUGACUUUGAAGUGACUCUCCUCAGAGUGACUCUUGUCACUUGUAAGUGACAGAGCUAGGACUUGGGGCCGAGCUGCCUGACCUCCAUUUCCGUGCCCUUUCCAGCAGGGGAAGUGGGGGUGGGCUGAAUCAGGUGUAGCCCCUCCAGCCUGUUGUUCCAGGUGGACCCUGAACCCCGUGUCAGGUUCUGUUCAUCUGACCCCUUCCACGAGAGCCUUCCUUGAAGAUUAAUAGUUUAAUCUGUAGUGUCUGUUUCAAGGAAGCUAAAUUCCUGUCUGGGGUAUUUUAUUUUUAGCCCGCUUCAGGAAGGGGAAGCUGCACCGGCCUGUGGGGGGAGGGAGACACCAGGCUCGGAGCCGGCUUCCUGAGGAAAGGCCGCAGCCCGCGCCAUGCGCCUGACCGUGACCCUGAGACCAGACCAGCGAUGCCCUCCUAGCCAGCCGCCACGGGAUGGAGGGCUUCAUGGACUCAGGGACACAGACGGAUGCCGUGGUGGUGCUGUCCUUGGCUCAGGCCGCCGUGCUGGGCCUGGUCUCGGAAAAUGAGCUCUUUGGAGCCACCAUAAGCGCCGAAGCCUUCUACCCGGACCUGGGGCCUGAGCUGUCCGGGGCGGCCAUUGGGGAGCCCGGGCCCCCGGGCCCUGACAUCUACCAGCUGGCCUGCAACGGGCGGGCCCUGGAGGAGCCGGCGGAAGAGGAGGUGCUGGAGGUGGAGGCGGCCUUCGAGAAGCACACCCGGCGGAAGACCCGGCCGCCUGUGCGGCUGGUGCCCAAGGUCAAGUUCGAGAAGGUGGAGGAGGAGGAGGAGCAGGAGGUCUACGAGGUGUCUGUGCCUGGUGACGACAAGGAUGCAGGCCCAGGGGAGGCCCCUGCCGAGGCGGCCAGUGGCGGCUGCGAGCCCCUGGUGCAGAGCAGCGCCGUCAAGAUGAUCGACCUCAGCGCCUUCAGCCGCAAGCCCCGGACGCUGCGGCACCUGCCCCGAGCCCCGAGGCCGGAGCUGGACGCGGCCCCCUACGACCCCCACUUCCCAGACCCGGCCCGGGACGGCUUCUCCGAAGCCGGCAUGGCGCUGCCGGGGCCGGAGGCCCUGCCCGUGGAGUGUGGCUUCGAGCCGCCCCACCUGGCCCCCCUGAGCGACCCCGAGGCCCCCACCAUGGAAUCCCCGGAGCCCGUGAAGCCGGAGCAGGGCUUCGUGUGGCAGGAGGCGGGCGAGUUCGAGGCCGACUCGGCGGGCUCGACGGUGGAGCGCCACAAGAAGGCCCAGCUGGACCGGCUGGACAUCAACGUGCAGAUCGACGACUCCUACCUGGUGGAGGCGGGUGACCGCCAGAAGCGCUGGCAGUGCCGCAUGUGCGAGAAGUCCUACACGUCCAAGUACAACCUGGUGACGCACAUCCUGGGUCACAACGGCAUCAAGCCGCACUCGUGCCCGCACUGCAGCAAGCUCUUCAAGCAGCCCAGCCACCUGCAGACGCACCUGCUGACGCACCAGGGCACCCGGCCCCACAAGUGCCAGGUGUGCCAGAAGGCCUUCACGCAGACCAGCCACCUCAAGCGCCACAUGCUGCUGCACUCCGAGGUCAAGCCGUACAGCUGCCACUUCUGCGGCCGCGGCUUCGCCUACCCCAGCGAGCUCAAGGCCCACGAAGUGAAGCACGAGAGCGGCCGCUGCCACGUCUGCGUCGAGUGCGGCCUGGACUUCUCCACCCUGACCCAGCUCAAGCGCCACCUGGCCUCCCACCAGGGCCCCACCCUCUACCAGUGCCUCGAGUGCGACAAGUCCUUCCACUACCGCAGCCAGCUGCAGAACCACAUGCUCAAGCACCAGAACGUGCGGCCCUUCGUGUGCACGGAGUGCGGCAUGGAGUUCAGCCAGAUCCACCACCUCAAGCAGCAUUCCCUCACCCACAAGGGCGUGAAGGAGUUCAAGUGCGAGGUGUGCGGCCGGGAGUUCACCCUGCAGGCAAACAUGAAGCGACACAUGCUGAUCCAUACCAGCGUCCGGCCCUACCAGUGCCACAUCUGCUUCAAGACCUUCGUGCAGAAGCAGACCCUCAAGACGCACAUGAUUGUACACUCGCCUGUGAAGCCAUUCAAAUGCAAGGUGUGUGGGAAGUCCUUCAACCGCAUGUACAACCUGCUGGGCCACAUGCACCUGCACGCGGGCAGCAAGCCCUUCAAGUGCCCCUACUGCUCCAGCAAGUUUAACCUCAAGGGCAACCUGAGCCGGCACAUGAAGGUCAAGCAUGGUGUCAUGGACAUCGGCCUGGACAGCCAAGACCCCAUGAUGGAGCUGACGGGCACGGACCCCUCGGAGCUUGACAGCCAGCAGGAGACGGAAGACUUCGAGAACGCCUAUACGUACGCUGGCGUGCACAGCAGCACCGAGGCCAGCGUCCUCACCGAGCAGGCCAUGAAGGAGAUGGCCUACUACAACGUGCUAUAGCACAAGCCGGGCGCCCACAGGGCGAGGAGGGCUUGGGACGCGGGGGGAGACCCACGUGCCGCGGGCGCACCUCCCGCGGCUGAGAAAGCUACUGCCCCGCUGUCCCGAGCCCUCCCCUCCCACGGAGUCGUUUGCACCACCUCGGGACCCGUAGACCAAAUGGAGACUGUACUACUGGCCUCAGCUGUGAACCAGGCCCACCAGGCCCCAGGCAUCUGGGGGAGGAAGGAGCACAGGAGGCCCAGCUCUGGGUCUCCUUGGCCUGCUGCUGUGGGAGGGUGGGAGGAAUGCUGAUCGGGGCCGUUGGGGGAUAGGUCACAGGGGCACGGGUCCGUGGGUCUCUCCGGGGGCCCAGCCGAGCGGGGGCAGCCAGUGGGGAGGGGUUUGAUGCGCUUCCUGUCGGCUCCUCCUGGGGUCCCGGCACCGGAGGAAGAGAGAACGUGAGUCUUGCCUCGUUUCUCCUCUGGACCAACUCCUGCCUCUAGGGAUGUUUGAGCUCCUGUGCUGGUCAGCACUGCCCCCCCUGAUCCCUCACCAGCCCCUGGGCCGCCAAAAGCCCAGGCCCCAGAGCCCCCCUUCCCCACCUUGUCCGUAAACAGCCAGGCGGGGCCCUCUGCCUUCUACCUCCUGGUGCCUCCCGCGCUCUCCUCCAGCCAGGCAUGCAUGCCGCCCCGGUCCUGGCCUUAGGAAAGCAGGGUGUAGCCCAGCCCCCGGCGAAUGCCCGCUCCAGCCAACCCCCAGAAGGCCCCCCUCCAGCCAUUUAAAAGUGGGUGUCCCUAAAGUGGAUUUCAACAAAUGGCAUCCGGUUCUGUGCUGAACUGGUCCCCGCGCCAGGGUCCCCCGAUGUGAACAAAGCUGGCAUGUGCCUUUCGCUGGGCACACACUGAGACAGAUGGGGGCCCCCUCGAGUGAGGGGCAGGGCACAGCGAAGGGAUCACGGGGACCGAGAGGGGCUGUCCCCAGAGGAGGCCAAGGACCACCUGGGGGGGGGGGGGGGCUGGAGUAUUUUAUUAUCAACAAGUAUCCAUUUUGAGGAUGGGGACAGCCAAGACUCAACAGGUUCCCAGAAAGAACAACAUAGUUAAAAAGAAAAGACCAUAGAGAAAAAAAAAAUUUUGAGCAAAAGGGGUAUUUUGAAGGUAAUUUAUUAUUUUUUUUCCUUUCCAACUCUGUCACCUAUUUUUUCUGCUGGAGAUCAUUUUCUUUUUCCAAAUGGAAGCUCCCUUGUGUGCCGUGAGCGCUUCACGCCUCCCCAAGCUCCGGUGGCCCUCCAGGCAGGACUCCGGCGCGGAGGGGGGCUGGCAGGGAGCCUCGGGCCCUGGCGAGAGGCAGGACGCAGAGCUGGGCAGGCCCUCCGCCCCUGCCCGGCCUCUCCAGCCAGUGACUCGCUCUGCACCACCCACCUCAGCGGCCAAGGCUGCUCGAUUCUGCUCAGCCGACAGCUCCCUCCCUGGCUUGCCUACUCUCAUCGCCUCUGUCCCCGCGCCAGCUCCUGCCCUGGGAACCGAAGACAGGCCCAGGGCAUGAAAUCGUACAUUCAGGAAUGCUAGGGCACCCGGACUCCUGCCCACUCGCCUCCUGAGGCCUCAGUGGAGAGGGGCAGGCAGGGCUGUCCCCAAAGGCACGAAGGAGGUGAAGCCACCAACUUCGGCCCAGAAACCAGGAAAGGAGGGGGAACAGCCAGGGUGGGGUGGGGGUGGGGGAUCAGUUUGAAAUGCAGCUGACUACCCCCAAAGCUAUACCCUUAGUGAAGGACCAAGCCAGGCUUCAGGGUGGCUGUGAUCAGGACUGAGGGGAGGACAAGGUGGCCUCGGGAUCAGGCAGCCAGGUGCCCCUUCCUUCUCUGCUUAAGCUCAUGCUAAGGGGCAACAAACGAGAGGACUGGGGGCUCCAAGGAGCCUUUUCCCCUCCAGAACCCCGAGGCCCCCCCCCAGCCCCCCAGGUGCCCGCCAUGAUGACCCUCAGGUGGCAGUGACCCCCGUCACUGUAGAAGACAUUUUCUCCUGCUGAGCAGAAGCAUCACCCCCUGCAAACUACCUCUUCCCACAAUGUCUUUCUCCCCUGGUACCAAAAAGAACCCUGUACCUCCUCCUCCUCCUCUUUCCUGCCAGCGCAGUGGCCUUGGUCUUGGAAACCCAAGGGAGACGGUCUGGCCCCCAGGGCGGGGCUCUCUUUUCCUCCCCCAGCCCUGCCAUCAGCUCGGCCCUCUGCGAGGUUCAAUACUUGAACGCCCCCUGCCCUGUGCCUUGGACCCAGGCAAAGCUAAGAGAAGGAAACAGCACAACUUAAACAAUUUGAGCUGGGGGGUGGUCUCGGCAAGGCUCCUGUCCUCACCCCUCCCCAACCUCUCAAGAGAGGCGUGCGGCCUCUUGGGUGACUUGGAAACUCCUGGACGAAUUCCAUUCUAACUUAUUUUGACGUGUACACGAACCAACCGUUUAGAAAUUCCACUUGUGCAAAGCCCUACUGUGUUUUUAUGUUCCCGUUUAAGAGAGAAGUUUACUUAGCAAUAAUUAUAAAUAAAUGAAUAUUCUUUAGCGA